AGCCGGGUGCGUUAAUUUUAAGCUUGUGAUUGCCAGUUUCCGUGUCUGCAAAGUGGAAAUCCCGAAUAGGGGACCCACACCUUAAUUUCGAAGUUUCUUCCCUUUCUUUGCUUCCCACUCCACCGUACACGCGCGCGCACACAUUUCGCUCAAUUGACAACAGGAGUGAAAUCGAAGCAUUUCGCAUCCACCUUCAAGCUUCUUUUAUCAGUGGAUCGUUUUAGUUUCUCGGAGCUGUUGACUUAGGGAGGAAGGGUGUUGAACUUGUAGAUAUACAGCUUGAGUAGAUUGACGAACAGGAUAGGGUGGUAUCGGUUAUUGUUCCUACUAUAUUUCCCCCGUUAAAUAGAAAUUUGCGUAGUGACGUGAUGAAUGCCCGGAUUAAGUAGACCCGAGGCAUUUUCGCUUUUGUUUUCAUGCUAUAAUGACUACGGAUUCGGUGAUCUGGUCUGUUAUGACUUACACAUGUUCUAGGAAGUCAGAGAGAUGGCUGAUGACAAAGGAAUUGGAAAAGGCGAAAAGGAAGAGACUAUGUCUGCUGCCACUGGGAAUAUAAAGAAGCACAAGGGACUUCUCUCCAGAAUUUGGAAUUUAAUAUUUAGAUUACAUGGGGAUGAUUUUGAAAAGAGACUAGAAUGCAUUUCUAAAGAAGAAGCUGUUGUUCUGGCGAGGAUGAGUAGGAGAUCUCGAUCUUGGAGGCGAACAACUCGGCAUCUCAUUAUAUUUUCUGUUAUAUUUGAGGUAAUUGCCGUAAGUUAUGCUACAAUGACAACAAGAUCAAAAGAUAUAAAUUGGAAGACGAGGGUAAUCCGGAUUUUGCCAAUGUUUCUUUUGCCUGCUGUAUCAACUGCUGCCUAUUCAACAUUUAUCAGCUUCACCAGAAUGUGUGAUCGGAGGGACCAGAAAAUUCUUGAAAGACUUCGUGCUGAAAGGCAAGCUAAAAUUGAUGAACUCAAAGAGAAGACAAAUUACUACCUUACGCAACAGCUCAUUCAGAAAUACGACCCAGACCCAGCAGCAAAGGCAGCGGCUGCAACGGUUUUGGCUUCUAAAUUGAGUGCUGAUUCAGGAAUCAAAGUGCAUGUUGGAGAUGAAUCUAAGCAUAGUGGACCUACAGGGAAGAGCAAGGAUCUUGAACUUGUGGAAUCCAGUGGACUUAGAAGUCGCAAACAAGUGAUUUCUAGAUCCACUAGUCCUGAGACAACUACACCUAUGCAUUUUGAUAAACAAUUUGUUGGUUCUGGAAGAAUUAAUCAAUCUCAAAUUUCUGAGUACAAUCGGCUUGUAACUGUUGUUGAACGUCACCAACCUCAAAUUUCAACCUCACAUGACGGGGGAUGGUUUGCUCAAAUUGUGGCAUUGCUUGUGGGUGAGGAUCCAAGGCAGUCUUUUGCUCUUAUAUGUGUUAACUGCCAUAUGCAUAAUGGUCUUGCUCGGAAGGCUGAUUUCCCGUAUAUUACUUACUAUUGCCGGCACUGUCACACCCUGAACAAACCAAAGCAAUUGGAUGAGCGCAUCUCUGGUUUCAGCUCCCAAAAUAUUGGGUGUCCAAAAGUUGACGAGGCAGCUCAAAAUGCUAGCACUUCUACAGGUGACAGCAUAAUUGCGAACAACAGUCUUGUAAAUGCUAGCCUUGAGAUGGAGGAAGUAUCCAAAAAACCUAGUUUGGAGGAGAAAGUUGGUUGAAAGGCAUAAGGAGAGCAGCUUUGUGGUUGUUUUCCCUGGGUUGGUUUUGUAACCUCAACGGGACUGAGAUAUAGCUUUGAAACUCGGGGUUAUGAUGCAUGAGUUACGUUACAUGCAUAGCUUGUAAGUUAUGGCAAUUUUGGCAUUUUCGGGAUUUUUAGCCUGGUGUUCUGAAUGCCUGACUGCACACUUUUAUUCCGGGAUUGCACACGAAAUAUUUUAUAAAACUAAAAUAUUUCUUCUUU